CGUUUUUCAUCUCUUGCUCUGGAACCACGAAUCUCCUUCAGACCAACCUGGUGAAACCUUGGCAGAAAUCAGAACGAAAACAUCUCCGUUUUUUCUGCUGAUGCAUACCCUAGGAAGGUGACAGUAAUGGUUCAGGUAAUUAAGUUCCUGGCGCCUACCUGCAGCCACAGCUGGGGACUAUUGUGGACAUUUGGUGUAUGAACCAGCAGGUUUUCUUUGGCAUGGAUAAAUCCUUGGUGGGAGGAUUAAAAUUGACUGAACAGACUCUUGCUUUAUUAGGGAAUACAGCCAUGGCAUCUAGUCUCCUGGACACAGGAAAUGUAUUUGGUGACCGAGCUAAUCCUUUAAUUAGUAGAUGCUCAUCAGUGGAAGAUAAUGAUGAUGAUGUUGUAUUUGUUGAAUCUAUACAACCUCCUUCAGUUUCUGCUUCAGUAGUAGCUGACAAAAGAACCGUUACAUUUACAUCAUCAAAAAAUGAAAAGCCACAAGGAAAUUAUUCUCUAAUUCUUCCCUCCUCAAGAGAUUUGGCCUCUCAAAAGGGAAAUACAUGUGAGACAAUUGUUAUUGAUGAUGAAGAGGACAUACUAGAAACACCUGGAGGGGAGGAGAAAAGGUCUUCCAAUUUUAUUGAAUGGGGACUUCUUGGAACUAAAAACAAAGAUUUGAAUUUCUCCACUUCCAGACUUUCAAGAAGUAAGACCAAGACUGGAGUAGGACCUUUUAAUCCUGGUAGAAUGAAUGUGGCAGGAGGUGUAUUUCAGAGUGGAGGAUUUGCAACUCAUCAUAACCCUGAUUCUUGGAUCUCCCAGUCAGCUUCAUUUCCCCGUAAUCAGAAACAGCCAGGGGUGGAUUCUUUAUCACCAGUGGCCUUACUUCCUAAACAGAAUUUCCAGCUGUCAGCCCAACAACAACUUAAUAAACCAACUAAAAUUACUUGUGCAAACUGCAAAAAUGCUUUACAGAAGGGACAGACAGCUUAUCAACGAAAAGGAUCAGCUCACCUCUUUUGUUCUACCACCUGCCUUUCAUCCUUCCCUCAUAAAUGUACUCAAAAGAUACGAAACAUAUUAUAUAAAAAAGAUGAACCUCCCAAGAAGGCUGCUGCUGUUCCCAUAGUAGAGUCAAGCAAAUGCUUCCAAGAAUUUUGUAGUCCAUCUUAUUUGUCUCCCCCUGAAGACAACAAGGAUCUUAGAAAAGGAAUUUUUAAUAAGUCAAGAUGUACAAUCUGCUGUAAAUUAACAGAGAUUCGCCAUGAAGUCAGCGUUAAUAAUGUAACACAUAAACUAUGCAGUAACCAUUGCUUUAAAAAGUACAGAUUGGCUAAUGGUUUAAUAAUGAACUGCUGUGAGCAGUGUGGAGUGUAUAUGCCUGAUAAAACCACAGGAAUCAGCAUCCAGACUAUUGGAGGUCAGCAGCAAAGAUUUUGCUGCCAAAGUUGUUUUAAUGAAUACCAACAGGAUAUGAAACCAUUAUCAGCAUCAGAAAACAGGAAAAGGAAUGCUGUUAGAGAAAAAAAUGAAGGAAAUUCAUAUGGAUCUUCAAAUACACUUUUGGAGAAAAUAGAGGGAAUACCAGAAAAAAAGGAAAAGACUUCAGAGCCACCGCUUUCAGCUGAGUGUAGCACAGGUAUAUUACUGAUCACACAGAAUGUGAAUUCAUCUUCUAUAUCAACCAAAACUGAUAAAUUUCAAGAGCAACUGGAAGAGAAAAAAUCAGAAAAUUCAGUUACACCAGUUUUGCUUUCUGCAGACCCAGGUACAUGGCCUAGAGCUCUGAGUGUUAAACAGCGAGACACUCUUGUUGAAAAUGAUCCACCUCAAGUAAGAAAUUUUAACUUUCCAAAAGACAAUACAGGGAGGAAGUUUUCAGAAACUUAUUAUACACGAAUUCUUCCAAAUGGUGAAAAAACCACCAGAUCCUGGCUACUUUAUUCAACCUCAAAAGAUUCUGUAUUUUGUCUAUAUUGCAAACUCCUUGGGGAAGGAAAAAAUCAACUGAAAAAUGAAAAUGGAUGCAAGGAUUGGCAGCAUUUAUCACAUAUUCUUAGUAAACAUGAAGAAAGUGAAAUGCACAUCAACAAUAGUCUUAAGUAUUCAAAAUUAAAAUCUGAUUUGAAAAGAAAUAAAACUGUUGAAGCUAAAGAAUACCAAUUAUGUGGAGAUGAAACAAAGGGUGGUGUGCUGCUGUUGUAUACAUAACAUAAUUGAUUUGGUUUUUGAUGUGACAAACAGGGUCUGACAUUCGGAAAAGAUCUUUGUGGCGGCAGAUAAUAAAUGUUGUGAGGCUUCUAUACAGAAUAACUUGCAAUAGUUCAUUAACAAAUAUAUAAAAACAAGUAAUUAGUAAAUAAUGUUCCAAAUCUAAAAUUAACUGGACUUGGUCAUUACCGCAUAUUUAACAAAGGGAACUUAAAAUAUUCUAUAUCACUUCUCACCUUUUUAUUUAAAAAAAAAGAAAAUGUUUAUUUUCAUCUACUUGAUAGGCAGAGACAGAAAGAGAGUGAUCUUCCAGGUGCUUGUUCACUCCCCCAGUGCCUGCAAUAGCCAGGGCUUGGCCAGGCUGAAGCUAGGAGCCUGGAUCUCCAUCUAGGUGUCCCAUGAGGGUGACAGGAGCCCAAGUACCCUUUGCUGCCUCCCAGGAUGCAUUAGCAGGGAGCUGGAUUGGAAGCAGAGGUGCUGGGACCUUAAUCCAGCACUCUGUUAUAGGAUAUAGGCAUCCAAGCAGCAUCUUAACCCACUGUGCCACAGUGUCUGCCCCGCACUUUUGAAAAAUUAGCAUUUAAAAACUGCCACUUGGCAGGCUUGAUUAAUACUCUUUCUGAUUACUUUGAAAGAAAGAAAGUCCGUCCCGAAUAAGAUACUUAAGUAAACAAGCAUUUUCAACAUUGUCACUAAAAUGAAAGCAGUUUAAGAACAGAAAUGGGAUCCAAAUAUACAGAUUUUUGCUGUGAAACCAAAUACUUGAGAUUUAUUCUUUUGUGCAAAAGAGCAUCAUUUGUUAAUACUAACUAAGGUAGUUAAUUUGCCUUUCUUGCUUUUAUAUUUUUGUUUUAAUUUAUAAAGGUUUUAGCUUUUAUUAUAUGAGAACU